GAAGUCACAGUGCGCAGCUGCGGUAGUCGCUUUGCAGUGGUGGUUGGUUUCUUUUGCUUUUGUAGCCGCUCAUCUUGCGGCAGAGCCAUGUGGAAGCGCCCCUGAUGAUCGUCUGUUUGGCUUUGUAAACAGUUUAAAUCGCAGAAAUCAAAUUGAACUGUGACGAUACGACGUCUGGCUUCAGUUUGACGCGGCUGAAGUUCGUCUUAGGAGCGGAAUCAGAAAUCAUCGGACGAAGGUGAGAAAAAAUGUCCUACUACUCAUCCUCCCGUAGCUCGUCUCGGGCCACUGACUGUAAAGUGUACGUCGGUGACCUGGGCAAUGGCGCUGCAAAGGGGGAGCUGGAGCGAGCCUUCAGUUAUUACGGCCCACUGAGAAGUGUGUGGGUGGCCAGGAACCCUCCUGGGUUUGCCUUUGUGGAGUUUGAGGAUCCCAGAGAUGCAGAAGAUGCUGUCAAAGGCAUGGACGGAAAGAUCCUCUGUGGUUCCCGUGUUCGUGUGGAGAUGUCAACAGGCCUCUCCAGAAAGGGCCGUGGGCGGCCAAGCCGUCGCCAGUUCGACCCCAACGAUCGGUGUUACCAGUGCGGGGACAGGGGUCACUACGCCUAUGACUGCUACCGCUUUAGCAAGCGAGGCCGUCGCAGCAGGUCUCGCUCUCGAUCGCGAUCCCGCUCCAGAUCAAGGUCCCGCGGGCGCCGCUACCGCUCUCGCUCCCGCUCCCGCAGCCGCAGCAGGAGCCGACGCAGAUCGCCAUCCUAUUCCAGACGCAGGAGCAGGUCUGGAUCCCCUGCCCGCUCAAAGUCCAGGACUCCAGCCAGAAGUCGUUCCAGGUCUCGUUCUCGGUCCGGUUCUGCUCCCAGAGGGCGCUCUGUGUCCAGAUCCCGGUCACGUUCUCAGUCUGCUAACCACAAGAGGAACAGCGUGUGGUGGGAGCUGAGCACUGCACUGACACCGCAGCUGAUCCCAGGCCCAGGGUCUGCCAGCUGGCGGUGUGUACGUCCUGCGGGAGGUUGACUAAGCGCUGACCUGAGAUCAGCCUUCGCCUGCAUCUGGUGUUAGACAGCGAGAAAGAGGUCGACCUACCGACCGAACCCUCCCCACAGUGAAUGGGUGUCUGUUCCAACCGACGCACACGCUCAGACGAGAUCAGCCCGUGCACACAUACAGUUGCUCAACUAGAGUCACCCAGCCAGCCAGCCUUCAGAUGUACCAGAGGGCUGACCCACACAGAUCACAGUUCGGCAUUUUUAAAUCCAUUACCUACCUACCAGACCCCCCUACCUACCUACCAGAGUUCUUCGCCUCUGUCUUAGCUUCUGAAAGUGAGAGAGCUGACGAGAGAUCAGUCUUCAAGAGCCUCCCAGCGCAGUGUAUCUCCAAGUUGUAGUCAUCCGUCCUUCAGUCCUUUCAUCCUUCGCUUCUCUGUACUUGUUGUUUCUGCCACUGUCUCCAAAGGUAACCAAAAAUCAAACCCCCUGACAAGCUCAUGUUGAUGGUGAAAAGAAACAUUUGCAGGCUUGAUGUAGUCUGAAAAAAAAUGGUGUUUUGUAGAAGUUAAAGUUGAUCCUUUUUAACAAGCAUGCUCAUAGUACGUAAGUGUGUGUCUGCAUGUGAGAGCGCUUGGGUGAGUGAGUGAAAGACAAACAGGCACCAUGAAUAUUAGUGGGAUGAUGUGUCUGAUACGUUUUUCUCACUGUGUCUCACUUGUUGCCUCAUCGUUACCAUUUGAAGCAACUUGUCUGUGUUUGUAGGUAAGGGGAGGAUUGAGUUCUGUAUUUCUUAGAGCACAAAUGCUGCUAACCAGCAGCUCUAGAAGCAAAACAUGAGACAGUGUCAAUCAAAGACCUGCCAUUUAUUUCAAUGAGCGUUUGCUCUGGGGGUUCAAUUAUGAAUUUAGCUUUUGAACAUAGAUAGCUAUUUCUGAAAAGAUUAGAGGCAGAUGACAUGAAGUGUACCUGAGAGGUCAAGGGUUGUUGUUAAGAAUGUUAACACCUGUCCGAACUUUCUUCCACCCCUCCCCUGCGGCGGGCUAAUUCCUCUUCCUUUCUG